AUGGUUUCUGUUAUAAAAAAAAAAAAAAAACACACACACAAUAUACAGAUGCAGCAGCAGCAAAAGAAGCAGCAGCAGCAACAGCAGCAGCAGCAGCAGCAGGAAGUACAGAUGCAGCAACAGAAGAUCGAGCAGCUGCAACUGGUGCAGCAGCAAAAGGUGCAGCAGCAGCAGCAGCAGCAGAGCAAGCAGCAGCAGCAGCAACAGCAGUAA